AUGCUAGCCCAUUUAAUUCCAGCCUUGAUUCUACCUCUCCUCGUGCUCUCCGGACACGUCCUCCAUACAAAAGACCCGGGAUAUGUUUCCGGUGUCUGUACGGUGGUUCCCGAUAGCGAUGGUGGCGACGACUCGGCUGCGGUUAUCGAGGCGUUUCAGAGGUGCGGACACGCCGGACGUGUGGUGUUUCCGCCCAGUCAGACAUUUCACAUCGAGCAAGUUAUGAACACUACUGGCCUAUCAGAUUGCACCGUCGACUUGCAUGGCUAUUUGCUGUGGGGGACCAACAUCACGAAUUGGCUUGCUACGAGCCUUCCGUUGGGCUACCAGAACCAGUCUUCGGCAUGGUUCUUCGGUGGCGAGCGUCUACGCGUCAACGGGUACGGCACCGGCACUCUCGAUGGAAACGGUCAACUGUGGUACGACUUCGUCCAAGGGCAGAGCAACUAUCCGGGUCGACCGCAUGCUAUCACCAUCUGGAAGACUCGAGACUCGAUUUUUGAAGGUCUUCGGUUUGUCCAAAGUCAGAUGUGGACAAUGACCAUAGCGUGGUCUCAGAAUGUUCUUCUACAAGAUAUCUACGUCAACAGCACUUCGGAUAAUCAUGUGCAUUGGGAACGCGUUCACCAGAAUCCGGCACGCAACACAGACGGCGCGGACACCCUCGCUUCAGAUCGAAUCACUUUCCGGCGCUGGACGAUUGACAACGGCGAUGACUCCAUCGCGUGUAAGGCGAACUCCACGAACAUCCUCAUUGAAGAUUGCACGUUCUACCGCGGUCUUGGCGUCGCGAUGGGCAGCAUUGGUCAAUACGCAGGCAUAUACGAGUACAUCGAUGGUGUGAUUGCUCGGAAUAUAGAAGCCAUCCGCACAAGGUACACUGGCUAUAUAAAAACAUGGACCGGUGUUCGGCAAGGAUUUCCUCCGAAUGGUGGCGGUGGUGGAACGGGCGUCGUUCAGAACGUCGUCUGGCAAAACUGGACAUUGGCGAAUAUCACCGACUACCCGGUACAAGUUACGCAAUGCACCUCGUUCUCAGGCGCGACAGGCGGCUGCGACACAUCCACCCUCAAGAUCGCCAACGUGUCGUGGGUAAACAUGACCGGGACCACUGCGUCAGGGACCGUGGCCGAGAUACAAUGCAGCGGCGCCGCCCCGUGCGAGAACGUUGCCAUCGAAGGUGUUCACCUAGCAGAGGCUGGUGGAGGUGACGUCCCAGCUCUUUAUUUGUGCAGCAAUGUAGCAAGUUCGAUCGGGUUUAACUGUACUGGAAGUGUUUAA